AUGGCGAUACUAAACGACCCACCAUCAUCCACAACGAUUCUCUCCCUUGAUGCUCCCGGCGUUCCUCCUCCGUCAAAACUUGCCCGGCCCACAACAUCCCACACUCUCGCCACUCGAGACAGCCGAAAUCCUCAGAAUCUCACCUCCAGAUGGCCCACGGCAAUUGACCUCGCAGGCUCCAACCUCCCUUGUCGUCUCGAAGGUGAAGUAGCCAACCUUGUGGUCCUGGGGUCUAUUCCCCCAGAAAUAAACGGGACAUUUUACCGUGUGAUGUGCGACCCUUUUGUUCCACCUCACCCACAGAAUGUACCCGUCGAUGGGGACGGCAAUAUCUCCGCCUUUCGUUUCCACAACGGUAUCGUCGAUAUGAAAAUGCGGUAUAUCGAGACUGAACGGUACAAACUUGAAAGACAGGCUAACAAGGCUUUAUUUGGAUUAUAUCGAAAUCCAUAUACACAUCAUCCGUGUGUACGAGCUGCGGUAGAUAGUACAGCAAAUACGAAUUUAGUCAUGUGGGCUGACAAGUUGCUGGCAUUAAAGGAAGUGGGGUUGCCGUAUGAAGUUGAUGGCGAUACGUUGGAGACUUUAGGAUAUGAUCCUUUUGCCUCUGAGGGAGUGAAAUCGAAGACCUUUACGGCCCAUCCGAAGGUGGAUCCAUUUACGGAUGAACUUGUUGUGUUUGGGUAUGAGGCAAAGGGAUUGGCCACGUUGGAUGUAGUUACAUAUACGCUUGAUGCGCAAGGGAAGAAGGUAGAAGAAUUAUGGGUAAAGAGUCCGUGGUGUGCAUUUAUUCAUGAUUGCGCCAUUACGGAGAAUUGGUUAAUACUUGUAUGUUGGUGUUUCGAAGCGGAUAUUGAGAGAAUGAAGAAAGGGGGCCAGCAUUGGGCAUGGGACUAUGAAAAACCUGCUACGUUCAUUGUGGUUCCUAGGAGAAAAUCGACGCCGUUACCGGAUGGUUGGAAAGAAGGAGAAAGCAGAUAUUACGAGUGGAACAAUUGUAUGCCGGUUCAUACAGCUGGAGCCUGGGAAGGAAAGGAUGGGAAAUUGUACAUGGAAAGUUCGAGAGUGCAUGAUAAUGCCUUUCCAUUCUUUCCGCCCAAUGAUGGACGAAUGCCGAAUCCGGAUACGAAAGGUGAUUUCGCACGUUGGGAAUUUGAUUUGAAUCAACCGAGUGGUACUAAGAUACAGGAUCCAUUGGUAGUUUUGGACACUCCGUGUGAAUUUCCGAGAAUCGACGAGAGAUUCAUGACGAAGGAAUAUGAAUGGGUGUUCUUGGAUGUUUUCAUUCCAGAACAGAGUGAUGGAAAGAGUAAUAUAUACCAGGGACUAAAUGGUCUUGCAAUGCAUAACAAUAAGACAAGCGAAACGAAAUAUUUUUAUGCAGGGGAAGACUCGCAUGUCCAAGAACCGAUUUUCAUUCCCCGAUCGAAAGAUUCCAAGGAAGGGGAUGGAUGGGUGAUGGCAAUGGUGGAAAGAAGGAUUGCCAAUCGAUGCGAUUUGAUUGUGAUUGAUACAAGAGACUUCGAACAGGCAAUUGCUAUUGUUGAAUUGCCAUUUCAUAUAAAAGCCCAAGUACAUGGUAAUUGGGUCGAAGCCACUGAAGCUAGAGGAACUAAAAGUCUGGUUCGAGAGAUGACUAAAAUCGAUAUUGGUGGGAAGGGCGCAUUAGAACCUAUGGCUUGA